GCGACUCCAGUCACCUUGCACAUCGACCAGCUUCGAGAACAUCUGGAAGCAGCGACGGCGUUGAUGUGACACCGCAAAUAAAGUGCCAGCGCCGUGUGCACACCUACCUACUCCCACAAAUCCUUUCUAUCAUGCCUCCGUCACCACUGCGAAGUCUACACGGCAGACGGCUCUGCAUCCCGAGCUUCACGCGCAACUUCACUUCCUCGCGCCGAGCAUUAGCAGACCACGUUCGAAUUGUCGAGGUGGGGCCCAGAGAUGGCCUGCAGAACGAGAAGACCAGUAUACCAGCAGAGACCAAGAUCGAGUUGGUGAAUCGUCUGGCGAGGACAGGCCUGAAGACGAUAGAGGCGGGCUCGUUCGUGCACCCAAAAUGGGUUCCCCAGAUGGCAGCUUCCGACAAAGUCCUCUCAUCCAUGCUUACGAAACCACCUCCCGGCGACAUAACUUAUCAAUGGCUACUCCCUAACAUGAAAGGUCUCGAAAACUUCUUCAGUGUCAUGAAUAACAGCUCCUCUUCAGGAGAUAGCGCAUAUCCCACACCUCCUCCCUCACCGACGAACGAUGCCGGUCCAGCACUGAACACGUCUUCUCAAGACCCCAACGCCAUGCCAUCCUCCACAUCAGGCGUGGAUGCCAUGUCCAAAUCUCGAACCACGAACCCACAAAAACAUGAAGUGAGCAUAUUCAUGGCCGCAACCGAAACCUUUUCCCAAAAGAACACAAAUUGCUCCAUCGCCGAAUCACUCUCCCGUUUCGCCCCUCUCAUCACUUCAGCCAGUCAAGCCGGCUAUCCAGUCCGGGCCUACAUCUCCGUAGCACUAGGCUGCCCCUUUGAAGGCCCAGACGUCGAUCCUCACCGGGUAGCAGAGCUAUGCGCCACACUGCUCGAACUAGGUGCAGAUGAGAUCAGUGUGGCAGACACCACAGGAAUGGGAACAGCGCCUGCAACGCGUGAGUUGUUGAAGACGUUGAAAGAGGCAGGAGUACAGAAUGAGGAUCUUGCCAUGCAUUUUCAUGAUACCUUUGGGCAGGCUUUGAUCAACACUAUGGUCAGUCUGGAUCAUGGGGUCAGGACUUUUGAUUCUGCUGUGGGAGGACUGGGUGGUUGUCCCUAUAGUCCGGGCGCUACAGGGAACGUGUCUACAGAGGAUCUAGUACACUUUUUGAGUAGUCUUGGAGUGGAGACGGGGUGCGAUAUGGAGGAAUUGAGUCGAAUUGGAGACUGGAUCACGAAGGAGAUUGGCAAGGGAAAUGGCAGUAGUGCCGGGAGAGCGACUAUGGCGAGGUUGACGAGGGAGGGGAGGGCGUAGUUGUCUUUGCUAGCACGCGUGGAAGUCGCAGGUCAAGGAUAUCAUCCAACAUUGCACAGAAGCUAUCAAACGAGAUCUCAACAUUGCACUUUCCACACCUGCAGUCGACUAGACUGUGAUGAUGGCUUCUGGUCGCAUGUAACUCAAAUUUCCGCCACAAAUACUGCCAGGUGAGGUGGGAUGGAGUCGCACUGGAAUCGCCCAUCUUGUGCAGCUCGAUCUCAGCUCAUGUCUCAAUCGUGGUCCUUGCGUCUCCUGGCCAAAUCGAUCUGGCUAAUCUUUGACGUGCCCGUUGUCGUGGCUUUGAAGCUCUCGCCGCCAAGGAGGUGACCAGUGAGUCCUAUUGCUCUCCAGAUGAUGGGUCAGAUGCUCUGCAACCCGCAAUCAAGUCUGGCUCAACGUCCCCAAUCGGCACUUCUAUGCUCGUCAUGCAAGAUUCGCAUUGGAUCAGUGCCCGGGAGAAACAGCUGGCAGCAAGACAGAGAGGACGAUCUCUUUGUAGAGUUGGUGCGCGUCUCAAGAUGGCUGGUUGGCGGUAGGGCUAAGAUCUCUAGCAGCUUUUGUGUUUGCCUGUUGGGAGCCGCCGCCGCCGCCCAUCUGCUCUCGAAAUGUUUUACGAAUGCCAUCAAAUGGUGUGCCGCCAUCGCCUACGUCCAGAAAUAGCACUCCAUAAACGCAGACGAAGACGAUGCUGCCCCAUUGAGCAAGCUUGACUCCCUUGGUCCAGUUCGGUCGUGCCCACUUCAGCUUUGCUCGACGCCUAUAGCGUCUUUCCAGGCGGAAUUGAUGCUUCUGGGAGAGCUUGGUGAAGUCCGGAGGCCAUGUUUUCUUGCAUUGGUAGGGGUUGUCUGCUAUCUUGUAGGGGAAGAAGGGCACAUUCUCAGGCACCUGAGGGGCCCUGCUGAAGAGAGAUGAGAAGAGGGAGGCCAUUGGAU